AUGAGGGAACACCAGCUGACAAGCCACACUUCUUCAUGCUUUGGGAGCCUGCCGAGGUGCAGCAGUGUGUUAAUGUCAGCUAAGAACUGGAGGAUCACACAUGGUGAUUCUGAAAUAGUCACAUAAUGCAAGCACCUGAACUGCUAAGACAACUGCGACUGCCUGAGUUUGGAGAGGUCAGGCAAUAUGUUCGAACUCUUCCUACAAACACGCUCAUGGGCUUCGGAGCCUUUGCUGCUCUCACAACAUACUGGUAUGCCACCAGACCCAAAGCUCUGAAACCGCCAUGUGACCUAGCGCUGCAGUCGGUGGAAAUAGAGGGAGGUGAUUUUGCUCGAAGAUCAGUGCUUCUUGAUAGUGACCAGUCCUUGGCUUUCUACUACAGUGAUGCCAAGACAAUGUAUGACAUUUUUCAGAGAGGCAUUCGUGUUUCAAACAAUGGCCCCUGUCUGGGAUCCAGAAAACCAAACCAGCCAUAUGAAUGGAUAUGCUACCGAGAGGUGGCAGACAGAGCAGAGUUUCUAGGAUCUGGAUUACUGCACAGAGGACACACACCAACCUCUGAGCAGUUCAUUGGAAUCUUUGCACAAAACAGACCUGAGUGGACCAUUGCUGAACUCGCCUGUUACACCUACUCCAUGGUGUCGGUCCCUCUGUAUGACACCCUAGGGCCUGACGCCAUUGCUUACAUUCUUGAAAAAGCGGAAAUCUCCACAGUAAUCUGUGACACUCCUGAGAAAGCCCAGCUGCUUCUGGAGUGCACUUCUAAAGGAGCGCACCAGAUGAAAACUAUCAUCCUCAUGGAUGCUUUUGAUAUUGAUCUGGUGGGGCAAGCAAAGAAACUGGGGAUUGAAGUUAUCAGUCUGAGGGAAUUAGAGUCUGUUGGAAAGUUAAACCGAAGGAAUCCAGUGCCACCAAAGCCGGAUGAUCUGGCGCUUAUAUGUUUUACCAGUGGAACCACAGGAAACCCCAAAGGAGCGAUGCUUACUCAUGCAAACGUUGUAUCCAAUGCAGCUGCUUGUAUCAAAAUAACAGAGAAUCUGCACAUCCUUAGUCCUGAAGAUGUAAUGAUGUCAUUCUUGCCUCUCGCCCACAUGUUUGAACGUGUAGUUGAGUUUGUCAUUUUGUGUCAUGGUGCCCGGAUAGGAUUUUUUCAAGGUGACAUCAGACUUCUCAUGGAUGACCUAAAAACGUUACAGCCUUCUGUAUUUCCGGUAGUGCCUCGUCUGCUCAACAGAAUGUUUGACAGGAUAUUUGGACAAGCUAACACCCCUUUGAAAAGGUGGCUGCUGGACUUUGCGACUAAGAGGAAGGAAGCAGAGCUGAAAAGUGGAAUUGUGAGGAACGACAGCGUGUGGGACAAGCUCAUCUUCAACAAAGUACAGGCUAGCCUGGGUGGUAAAGUAAGGCUCAUGAUCACCGGAGCGGCUCCUGUUUCUCCAACAGUUCUGAGUUUCCUCAGGGCUGCCCUGGGAUGCCAGUUUUAUGAAGGCUAUGGGCAGACUGAAUGCACAGCUGGGUGUUCAAUGACAUUACCUGGAGACUGGACAGCAGGUCAUGUUGGACCACCGAUGCCAUGUAGUGCUAUCAAGCUGGUUGACGUAGCGGAAAUGAAUUACUUUGCUUCUAAAGGGGAGGGGGAGGUUUGUGUGAAAGGGGCAAAUGUAUUCAAAGGCUACCUGAAGGACCCUGAGAAAACGGCUGAAGCUCUUGAUGAAGAUGGUUGGCUGCACACAGGAGACAUUGGGAAAUGGUUACCGAAUGGCACUCUGAAGAUCAUUGACAGAAAGAAGCAUAUCUUCAAGCUGGCCCAGGGAGAAUAUAUUGCACCAGAGAAAAUUGAAAACAUUUACAUUCGGAGUGAUGUUGUCGCUCAGGUGUUUGUCCAUGGAGACAGUCUUCAGGCGUGCCUCGUGGCAAUCGUAGUGCCAGAUCCUGAGGUUUUGCCUCGCUGGGCUAAGAAGAGGGGGUUUGAGGGUUCAUGCACAGAGCUGUGCAAUAACAAGGAAGUGAAGAAUGCUGUCUUGGAAGACAUGGUAAAACUGGGAAAGGAAGCCGGUCUGAAAUCAUUUGAGCAGAUUAAAGAUAUAGUGCUUCAUCCAGAGAUGUUCUCCAUUCAGAACGGCCUGCUAACUCCAACACUGAAGGCAAAAAGAGGGGAUCUGAGAAGCUACUUCCGGGAACAGAUUGAUGGUUUGUACUCCAACAUCAAAAUGUAACCGACUGGAUUCAACGGGAAGAGCAGCAGACAAAGCCAGGAAAAUAAACAAAAGGAAUAACUUUUUAAACAAAACUCUUUUUUUUUUUAAAUGUUAGCCUGCACUCAAGACUGAAUUUGUAUGUCAUAUGAAUGAAUUUAACAAUAAGAGCACAGAAAAAGGAAAGCUGCCUUAUCAGUUUACUGUUUAUACAAUUUCAAGGAAUGCCUUGCCCUGUCAACGACAUUACGUUUUAUUUUUUAUUUAUUUAUUUUUUUAAUAUUCUUGGUAGGUGAGGUUGGUAUAUGGGUUUAUCAACAGUAACAAGCAUUGCAAAGUGCUUACACUCCUUCCAGAUCAACUGAAGCUGAAUAUUUCGUAUAUUUGGUUGUCAAUCACUGACCAUUGUUACUAGACUGUAUUUUAAGACAUGGGCUAGAUUCUAAAAGCUGCAAUAUUUAUUCAAAAUUGUGAUUUGUGGAAUUUUUAUUUGGGGGAAAAAACAAAACAAAACAAAAACACCACUGUCAUUCUAAAAUGAAUAAGAAACAAUUCAAGACUACUUACAAGUCCCGAAGUUAAAGAUUUUUGUAUCUGGUUUGAGUGUGUUUAGCCCAUGAUCUCAACUUUUAUUCAAAAAUACAAGAUUAUAUUGGUUAUAGAUUGGGGUGUAAACUUUACAGUUGUCUGUACAUUUUUACUACCAUUUGUACUUUAUUAAAGGGAUGGGUUCUGAGGAAUAUGAGAUGCUGCAGUGACCUUUUAAAUAUAAUCUGCAUGCCAUGUCUGAUCCUCAAUUUUCAGUGUAAAUAUAUAUUGAAAUGCAAUCUUGUUGUUUUGUUUGUUUUUUAAACUUAUUUUGUAUGCAAAUGUAGAAUAUUUAAUGACACCUGGAAGUGCAAGUUAUGUAACUGGAGAGAGACAACAAGAUACCAUCGAUGCAUUCCCUAUGUUUUCGUAUAAAAUAUUUUGGACCUGUUGUACAGCAAGGGAAAUGCUCCAACAUGUCAGAUGCAAUAUACAAUGGAAUGCUGUGGGGUGGGGGUGGGGGGUGAGACACUGGGGACCCACCAUUUUGUUGUUCAUAUUGAUCAUUUUCAUGAAAAAAAUAAUCUAGGUUUGUUAUCCUUUACUAGUCAACUUCUGUUAUUUUAAUGAGAGAAUACAUUGUAUGAGUCAUUUACAGUGUGUCCUGUUAAUGUACUAAUGACUAGUUUUCUCCAUAUGUGCACAGCUGCUGUUAAAUUGAUUUAUUAAAUGGUGAAAAAUGAAGAUUAUAUGCUAAAAUCUUUGAGAAAAGCCAAAACUGUCAUUCAUGUCCUCCUUUCUGAAUUGUUGCUUUAAUGUCCUGGCUUUGUAUAUGUUUUGCAGAAAUAGCAGAUACAUAUUUCUCCCAAGAAAAAAAAAAAAACCUGCAAUACCAAAUAAACUAUUUUUUGUGUGUA